UUUCAGAGCUACAAAUGACGUCAUCAGAUGUUAUUCCAGCAAGUACCACAUCGUCUUCUGGAUGGAUAGCAAGUGUUGGAUCAGCAGCUGGAUGGGUUUGGGAUGGAAUGAAAGUGACUGGAAGUGUUUUCAAUGAUUAUGGAACGAGUACAACUAGAAAUACAGUAUGCACAACUGCAACUGUAGCGGGUGGAUUUCUUGGAGGAUGGAGUGGUGGAGCUAUUGGCAGCGCUGUUGGAACACUAAUUCUACCGGGUAUUGGAACAGCAGUUGGUUCAUUUCUUGGUGGAGCAUCAGCUGCAUUAGUUGCUGGUAAAGCAACAAUUGUGGUGACUGAUCGAGUUCUCGAUACAAUCAGUUAUGAUAUUGAAACGGUCAGCUGUGAGAAGUGUGGACGUGGAUUUCGAUGCAAGCUUUACAAAGAAGGACGGGAUAAAUUAUGUUAUCGAUGCAAAUAAAUAAUUAUCAAGUUUUUUGAAAAAUUGCACAAGAUUUUCUAACCUAGAAGGAGA